CGCUUAUUCAAUCCAUCAUCCUCAUCAUCUAUAUAAAUCCGUAUAUCUAUCUAUCAUCGAUCUGUAUCUAUAUAUUACAAUAAAAUCAUAAUGGCGAAUCACCUGUACGGUUAUACCGGAGCUACAAAUCAGUACGUACCUGCAGAUCCUUCAGCGUAUAGGUAUCUCGCUGCAGAUCCUUCAUCAACAACUUCUAAUUUAUAUACUUAUUCAUCUGCUGUUGGAACUGCUUCCUCAUUGUGGCCUGGUCCUCCCGGUGUCGAUGUCGAUGCUAGUACGACUUCCGUCGAGUCGAUUUACGCCGGUUUGAAGCGGCCGGCUUCUGAAGCAUUAUAUCAUCAGUCUCUUCUUGGUACCCAUAAUACAAUUGGGCAAAGUGAAGCUUGGUAUUCUACCAACCCUUUAGUCAAGCGCCCUAAAUUCGCGAGCAGUUUGCCUGUAUACCCGCAGAGGCCUGGAGAAAAGGAUUGUGCCCAUUACAUGCUUACAAGAACUUGUAAGUUUGGAGAUACCUGCAUGUUUGACCAUCCUUUGUGGGUCCCUGAGGGUGGGAUCCCUGAUUGGAAAGAGGUCCCAGUCGGUGUUCCUAUCGAAUCUCUUCCAGAGAGGCCUGGAGCCCAAGAUUGCCCGUACUUUUUGAAGACCCAAACGUGCAAGUUUGGUCCCAGGUGCAGAUUUAAUCACCCAAAAGAUAAGUCUGCCGAAAACAAUGAUGGCUCUUUACCAGAGAGACCAUCUGAGCCCCCAUGUGUGUUCUACAUGAAGACUGGCAUAUGUAAAUUUGGUUCAACCUGCAAAUUCCAUCACCCGAAGGACAUCUCUAUACCAACUGCCGGUGCGGAAAAUGGUCAUGGUGGGCAUGCGACCACUGGCGGGACGAAUGGAAACCUGACACCUUCAGUGCCCCUUUUUACCCCUGCGUUGAUGCAUAACUCAAAGGGCCUACCUAUUAGACUGGGUGAAGCAGACUGCCCAUUCUACCUGAAAACGGGAAGCUGCAAGUAUGGGGCCACUUGUCGCUAUAAUCAUCCAGAGAGAUAUGCAUUCGAUCCGUCUAGUGCCAUUGUAUCCAAUCCGGUUGCUCAAUGGAACUAUGCUUAUGCUACCCCAGCUGCCUCUGUGCUGCAAACUGUUGAUCCACGGAUUGCUCAAACAACGCUUGGUUUGGCUCCAACUCUCUACCCUCAACGACCUGGCCAGUCAGAAUGUGAUCAUUAUAUGAAAACUGGGGAGUGCAUGUUUGGGGAGAGAUGCAAAUUUCAUCACCCCCUUGACAGGACAGCGCCUUUACUGUCAGCACAAGCACAAGAAUCUCAACAGAACAAUGUCAAGCUUACUCUUGCCGGUCUUCCAAGAAGAGAGGGUGCUGUAAAUUGCCCAUACUACAUGAAGACCGGCGCUUGCAAGUAUGGUCCAACAUGCAAGUUUGACCACCCACCCCCUGGAGAGGUCAUGGCUACCACAACACAAGCAACAUCUACAACCGCUGCUGGCGGUGAAGAAGUCAAAGAUGGUCAAUAGGGGAAAGAAACCGAUUAAGCAAGGUAGCUUUGCUUUGGUACUACCCUGUUCUUAAGAACGUUUUGGAGGAAAUUUGGUCUUGGAUGUUUUUAAUUAUAUGUAGCGUCAUUUGUUUGAUAUAAUCAUUUCAUAAUUACUACUGUUGUCUUUUAAGUUAGUAUGAUUUGAUAUACUUCAUCUGUAUUGGUUUCGGUGUAAUCAUAACCGUUGACAUUGAUUACAUGAUGUGCAACAGCAACUCAGCAAGACUAGAGAUAGGGUUUCUUGCAGUGUCUGAAUUCCAUUAAUUACUAUAUAUUCUCCUAUAUUUCACCAUUCUUUUAAC